AUGCACCUGCUGCGAGAGAACCGUGGCAUUCUAUGGAUCGAGGGGUUUCCGGAACCUCAGAUCCCCGCGGAGAACCAGCCAGAGGGCCAGGAGGAGGAGGCUGCUGAUCAUGUCUACCCAGAUGAUGUGGACACUGCUGCUGAUCCAUCACAGACUAACUUCCAUUUAUGGGAGUGGCAGUUCCGCUUUCCCGGGCCAGGACUACUUCUCUCAGCAGUUCGAGCAGCUGCGUCUCCAGAACCAGCAGCUCUAUGA